GUCCGAGGUCGGACUUUUCCCGGCCUACAGGAGGGUUUGAACUGGGCAGUAGUCGCUGGCACAGGUUCGGAGUGAUGGUACCUGUGUCUUGGGUCUGGGAAGGUUUCGACCAAGAUUCGGCACUCUCAAUUCCCAUCUGAUAAUUGAGUAUCAAAGCAUCCCGCUUUUCCCCUAGAGUCCCCAAGCGCUGCUCUCCUGACCAGUCCCAGUUUGGCUUGAUAACUGCAUCCCUCCCUACCUUUAGUAUUACAUCCCCACUCCCCACUUUCGAUCUGAAGUGUGGCCUUACUGGUCUGGGUCUCUGGUGUUCCGGGCUGGAAGAGCAAAGGCACAAGACAUCAGGGAGCCUUGCGGAAGGUUAUGAGUAGGAGCCUGAGCUGGUCUGAGCACCUCGACGUGCUUCUCAAUGCUACCGAUGGAAAUGUGGCCAGGAUUAAGCAGCGGCUGUAUCCUCUUGGAGUCUCCACAGCGGCAGGAGAUUUGGCUGGGACCUGGAUUUCCCCUCAUCACUUGCUUCCUCAGUCUGGAGUCCAUGCUCAACAGCCUUGGGCUCUAGAGACUCCCUUUGUCCCAGAGAGGCUGAGUUGGGGUAAGGCCCAUGGUGCAUCUUCUCUCUGGGAUGAAGUUAUUAUUCUCCAAUCCCAGCUUCAAUCCCAGGCUCAGGUGACUGAGACACUAAGACAGGCCGUGCAGGGGCUGCUGGAAGAGCAAGAGCAGCAGAAGUAUAAGAUCUGUACCCUGGAAGCAUCACUAAGGUUGCUGCAGGGGAGCCCAGAGCAGAGGGUCCUUCUCCUGGAUCAAUGCCUGGAGGAGCUGAGAAGGGAACUGCAGGGCCUUCAAAGCCAGGUGCAGGAACAGGCCCAAGCCCAAAUACAAACAGGACCACAAAAACGUAGUGCUACUGGUGGCCUUCACCAAGAGCUGCAGAAUGAGUGUCAACUCCUGUGGGAGGAAUCAGAGAUUCUUCAGGAGGAGCUGAAAUUGCUGCAGGACUAGCUGAGCCAGCACCAGGAGCUGCUGCUGAAACAGAUGGCUGAAGGGGGGCAAGCUCAGGCCCACAGCUGGAAGAUCUCCAGAAGAGCACACUUUCUAACCUGGAGCCCAGCAGCUUUCAGCUUUAGGCCCAGAGCCUUGAGCAGGAGAACAUAUUCUUUAAGGGCCCCACAAUGUUCCUGAGUGACCUAUAAGAACUUGUAAGAGUAGCUUUGCUCACCUUCCCCUUCAAGCCCCUGUUUCUGGGCCCCAUGUCCCUCCUUUCUUGAUCUAGCUGGUAUCUGCCCUCUUACUGAGGCUUGUCACUGCCUGCCCACCAGGCAAUAAUUACA